GCCAGCAGAUGACGGUGUACAAGAGCGAAGUCCCCCGUUGGCAGACGCAGAUGUCUCCGGCUGAGCCCCAGUACUGGUGUCCGUCCGCGGGGGUGACCGAGGACCUGUUCGCGCACGGCGGCUACGAUGGGAUGCAGAACCAGGCCCAGACCCUGGCCCACAGGAACCUAUCACCUUUCCCCGCAUUCCCCGGUAUGCCACCUCAGAGACUGUGUGUGAUCUGUAGUGAUGAGGCUUCUGGUUGCCACUAUGGAGUUUUAACCUGCGGGAGCUGCAAAGUCUUUUUUAAGAGAGCAGUUGAAGGUGAGCGAAGCCAUCACAGCUAUCUCUGCGCUGGGCGAAAUGACUGCAUUGUGGACAAAAUUCGGCGGAAAAAUUGCCCCGCGUGCCGCCUCCGAAAGUGCUACCAAGCGGGAAUGAUGCUCGGAGGCAGGAAGCUGAAGCGUUUCGGGGCCUUGAAAGCCUUGAGUUUCGCCCCGUCCCUGAUGUUCCAGUCCCACUUGGCCAUGUCCAGCGACAACCAGUCCUUGACCUCCAUGUCCUGCAUACCGGGCAUCCGUGAGGUGCAACUCUCCCAACAGAUCCUCAAUAUCCUGGAAAACAUCGAACCGGAGACCGUGUACUCCGGCUAUGACAGCAGUCAGUCCGAGGGUCCGCAUAUUCUGCUCAACAGCCUCAACAGGCUGUGCGAGAAGCAGCUGCUGUGGAUCGUCAAGUGGUCCAAGGCCCUGCCAGGGUUUCGUAAUCUUCACAUCAGUGACCAGAUGACCCUCAUCCAGUACUCGUGGAUGAACCUGAUGGUGUUCUCUCUCGGAUGGCGCUCCUUUCAGAACGUCACCAGUGAAUAUUUAUACUUUGCACCUGAUCUGGUUCUUAGUCAGGAGCAAAUGAGGAGAUCUCCGAUUUACGACCUCUGCCUGGCAAUACAGUUCAUCCCCCAAGAGUUUGCUAAUCUCCAAGUGACCCGCGAGGAAUUUCUCUGCAUGAAAGCCAUAAUAUUACUCAACACAGUGCCUCUUGAGGGACUCAAGAGUCAGGCAGCUUUUGAAGACAUGAGACAAAACUACAUCCGGGAGCUGACCAAGGCCAUCCACAUGAGGGAGAAGGGCUUGGUGGCGAGCUCACAGCGAUUCUACCACCUCACCAAGCUGAUGGACGCCAUGCACGAUAUAGUGAAAAAGGUCAACCUGUACUGUCUGAGCACCUUCAUCCAGGCAGACGCCAUGAGAGUGGAGUUUCCAGAGAUGAUGUCAGAGGUCAUUGCCUCCCAGCUUCCCAAAGUCCUGGCGGGCAUGGUGAGGCCCCUGGUGUUCCACACCAAGUGAUGAAGACAACGCACAACGUCACAAAUCUGCGGAGACAUCUUGUGCCUGGGUUAUCCACCCCACAAUUACUGGAUUCUUUAUAGCCUUCACAUAUUGUAGUCAGUCAUCUGUACUUUCCCAAACGGCCUCUAAUGGUCUGUAUCGGUGAAACACGUUCCUUAAAAAUAUAGUUUUCAGUACGGAAUAUUAUAAAUUUGGAAGCGCUAGUCAAUGAAGCUCCUGUUUAAUUAAUUCUGGUGUAUCCAACCGUUCCCAUCCUACCGCUUGUGUGUAGAUGGUACAAACUAGCUGAUAAAAGUAGGUUUUGAGAACCACUAGAUGAUAUUUUUGUACAGAAGCUGAAAGAAAUACAAACAAAAAGGUCAAAUAUUCAUCGUUCUCAGCAACAUUGUUAUGCAGGAGACAGUGAAACCUGCCACUAAUGAAAUUAUUUUAGGGUGACUCACUGCACCAACUUCCGGGAGGAGAAACUGGGAAGAUAUUUGUAAACAUAUUUGAUUAAAAAAAAAAAAAAAAAUGUGUUAUUUUCAUUUUAGAACAAGAGAUUUGAAGUGAGUGUAAAAACUAAAUCCCCAUUUCACAAUGAAAAUCGUUAAAAUGUCUGGAUCAGCAUAUAAAAACAAGUGAUCUCCUUCUCCUUGACACAUGGUAUUACUCAAAGUUAACUGCAACUAAAACCAGUUCAUAUCUUUUUGAGCUGUACAGACAGCACAGAUAAAUGUGACCAUAUAUAUAUAAAGCUUCCCUGGUGGAAGUAAUAGAAACCUGUAAUUAAAUACAUUUUCAUGUCAUACUAGAGAACUGCAUCAUAUCACAGUAUAACCUCAGAUUAAAAAACAAACAACCAUCACAAAGUAGGGGCACAAAGAGACAACUGUAUUUUACAUUGCAAAUGUUAACACACUCACGCUAUAUUCCCACUAUUCAUUCUGUCUUACAUGUUGAACUUGGAGUGUCUCACUGCAGUGAGCACAAGUGAAACUCACCAAGUGUGACAAAGAAUUUGGACCACAGGUCUAAUAAAUCACGCUGUUUAUUUAUGGACAUGUUUAUGCACCGUUAAUACAGUAGAUGAUUAGCAAGGAAACAAGCUUGCCAUAUAUAUAUAUAUUAAAAAAAAGAAUGGCAAAUAUUACAUAUUUAGGAUAUGAAUAUCACUUCCCCUACAAAGUCAGACUGUAGGGGAGUAUUACUCCAGCAUGAAUGCUUAAGGUCGCCUCGCACUCUUAAAUAUGUGAAUAGAAAAGAACAUCAUGAUCCUGGUACGUGCCAGAUUUCAAAAGCUUUCCCCCAAAAACAUUUUCAUCCACCAGAGAAAGUAAAAGUGUUGCUGAUUCUUUUCUUUCUUUUGAGCUUUUUCUUCUGAAAUAGUAUCACUUUUUUCUUUCAAUAAUCAUGGACUUUAUACUUCGGAAAUGUUGUGACAGUAAUAUAAAAUUGUAAUAUGAAAUGGUAUGUUUAACAUAAUAUAAUCUGAUACAUGUAUGUUAUCAUCACUGGUACACUAGUGUACCAGUGUACCAGGGAGUACAGUACCACAAGAGGCAUUACACCUCAUUAAAAUAGCAUUCAUGGCAUUAUUUUAAAAAAACAAAACAUUUUUUACAUAGGGCAUAUAUUUGAUGUGAUCAUUUAUAGGAAUAAACAGUUAAACAAAGUAGAUAUUUUUGAUUAGCAACUACAGAAGAACUCAUGAGCAUGAAUGUACAGUACAGUACCGUGUAGCUAACCAGAAAGUGCUCUGCAGCAGUGAGCAGCUUCAGUGGAUGAACAACAAUCACAGGCCACAAACAGGAACGUUAAGGUGCAAACCCAUUCUGCUUUUUCUGUUAGACUCUAAUAUAUUAGAUUAGCGUCACUAUUUCAAAUCACAGUUUGCUUCAAUAGAGAAUGUUUAGAAAACUUGCAAACCUCCAUUGAUGAAGAGGAAAGUGUUCUGUCGAUACAAUGGGGAAAGUUAAAAAGAUAAUAUAUUUCUGAGAAUAAAACGUGUGAAAUUGA